AUGACAGAUAUCGAAGCAUAUUUUGUUCCUAGAGUGAAUGUGGUAGCUGAACGAUAUAGGUUCAGAAAAAGAAAGCAGAGAUCUGAUGAAACAGUGCUGCAGUUCGUCACAGCAUUACAGGAACUUGUAACACACUGUUCUUUCGGGGAGCUAAAGGAGGAGAUGAUUCGUGAUCAGGUUGUUGAAGGUGGUUGUAGCGAAAGAAUACGUGAGCGACUUCUACUUGAACCUGACUUAACUUUAAAGAAGGUUCUCGAUCUCAGUAGCUGCAUUGAAGAUGCAGAGCGAGAAGCAAGAGCUAUAUCUCAGGGAGGUGAAAGCACCAGUGAAAGCGUGUACGAGCUACGUAAGCAAGCAAAGGAAGGACAGGGAAAGGAGCAGAAACGUAGUUUCAAAGAUAGAAAGCAGAGUUGCAGAAAUUGUGGGUCUUUCAAUCACCUCACUUUUGAUGACAGUUGCAAAGCUACAGGAACAAAGUGCCACAAUUGUGGGAAGUCAGGUCAUUGGGCAAACGUAUGUCGUAGUAAAAAGUCAGUUCGUGGAUCGGUCUCAUCCAUGAAUGUUUUCAACGUGUACACUCCUGCUCUUAAUCGGAAGAUUAGAUGUGAUGUUAAGCUCGCAGGUCAGUCAAUUUCGAUGAUGGUCGACACAGGAUCAAGCGUUUCCAUCGUACCACUGAGCUUUUACAAGAAGCAUUUUGUGAUGGAAGCAUUACAGCCGUCAAAAGUCAAGCUUAGAGCAUAUUCUCGAGGGAAUAUUCCAGUGGCUGGAGUGAUUCAUACCAAAGCUAAGGUCGGAACACGAUCUACGGAUGCAACUAUUUAUGUUGUCUACAAGGGGUCUGCAUUGUUAGGGCUUGAUUUAAUUGAGGACCUAGAUCUUACAAUCAAGGGUGGAAGUGCUUACGUCGAUAGCGUAGAUGAUAUUGCCCCAUCGACAACACCAGCAGAGGCUUCCAGUGCAUGUGAAUCCGUGGAGAAGGAGUUUCAAGAUCUCUUUUCGCCGGGUCUUGGCUUCGCGAAAAACUACCAGCAUCGUAUCAAGGUCAAGCCUGAUUAUCCACCGGUUCAGCAAAAGCUACGUCGAUUGCCGUUAGCAGUGAAGGAUCGCGUCUCUCAGGAGUUAAAACGUCUCGAAGAAGCGGGUGUAAUUGAGAAAAUUGAUGCGAGUGAGUGGGUGUCACCCAUUGUCGUGAGCACAAAAAAAUCUGGAGAGAUUCGAUUGUGCGUAGAUUUACGAGAAGUAAAUAAAGCGAUUGUCGUAGAUCGUUUUCCAUUGCCAGAUAUCGCAGAAUUGUUUUGUGAAUUGGAAGGAUCAUCAGUUUUCUCUAAGCUGGAUCUUGCAUCAGCUUAUCAUCAGUUGGAGUUAGCUGAAGAGAGCCGUGAUUUGACUGCAUUCAUUACUCACGACGGGUUGUUCAGAUACAAGAGAGUCUGCUUCGGAUUAGCAUCCGCUCCAUCGACCUUCCAGAAGAUGAUGACUUCUAUCCUAGCAGGUUUACCUGGUGUACAGUGCUACCUGGACGAUGUCAUUGUAUACGGGAAAGACAAGACAGAGCAUGACAAACGCUUAGCAGAUGUUCUCACUCGGAUGCAAAAUGUUGGACUUCGUCUGAACAAUAAGAAAUGUAAGUUUCACCUAACUGAGUUAAGUUACUUAGGUCAUUCAGUCAGUAGUGAGGGAAUAUCGCCCGAUGAUGACCAUAUUGCUGCCAUUCUGAAGGCACCAGCACCCACAGACGUGGGGGAGCUUAGAUCUGCUCUAGGGUUGACAAAUUACUAUGCUAAAUUUGUUGAGAAUUAUGCCACAGUAGUAGAACCUUUGAGAUGUUUAUUACGUAAGGAUGUUCCAUUUGAAUGGGGUGUAGAGCAACAGAAUGCAUACGAUAACAUUAAGGAAGUGAUUGCUCAGAAGGUAGUACUCAAGUUUUUCAAUCCUAACCUUCCUACUGUUGUAACAACUGAUGCUUCAGACUAUGGUCUAGGGGCGGUACUGAGUCAAGUAAAGAAUGGUAGAGAAAUACCAGUCGCAUUUGCAUCAAGAUCAUUGACACCUGCAGAAAGAAAAUACUCUACAGGUGAGAAAGAAGCUCUUGCUUGCACUUGGGCAUGUCUGAAGUGGUAUACUUACCUUUGGGGUCGACAUUUCACAUUAAUGACAGAUCAUAAGGCCUUAGUGACAUUGUUAAAUGCUAGGGGUACUGGAAGACAACCUAUGCGAAUAGCAGGAUGGUAUGCCAAACUGUUGCACUUUGACUAUCAUGUUGAGUAUAAGAUGGGCAAAGAUAACUUUGUAGCAGAUGCAUUGUCAAGACUGCCUCAAAAUCAGUCUUCAGUAGAUCAUGUAGAUGGAGGAGAUAAGGAAGAGGAAGAGGAGGAAGUGGUUCUUAGUUUAGAUGAAGAGUGCCCAAUUUCGAUCUUAGAAUUACAGAAAGCUACUAAGGAAGAUCCAAGUUUGGUUCAGGUUAGGAAGUUUGUAGAAGAGGGUUGGCCUGCAAAACACACCUUAUCUCUGGAGUUGAGACCAUUGUAUGUACUCAGAGACGAGUUUUCCAUUGUUGAUGAGGUUGUCAUGAGGGGUGAUAGAAUAGUUGUUCCUGCCACACUACAAAGCAAACUUGUUCAAUUUGCACACUCUGCCCACCAGGGCAUUGUACGUACCAAGUCAAGAUUACGGGAUGAUUAUUGGUUUCAAGGAAUGGAUAGAGUAGUAGAAGAAGCUAUCAAAACCUGUUCAAUUUGUAGAGAAAAUGACAAGUCACAGCGCACAUAUAAUGCACCCAUGCAAUCUGUGCCAUUCCCUGAUUCGCCUUGGGAAAAGAUUUGUAUAGACAUCACAGGGCCAUUUGAGAAGGCUCCUCCAGAUCAAAAAUAUGCAAUUGUUGUAGUGGACUAUCACAGUAAAUGGCCAGAAGUUGCAUGUUGUAACACAGUUACAAGUAGAGUGGUUAUCAGCAUGUUAGAAUCACUAUUUGCAAGAGAAGGGAUUCCUACCCACCUUGUAUCAGAUAAUGGUACUCAGUUUGUUUCUCAUGAGUUUACUGAAUUUCUAGAGAAGUAUGGUAUCAAACACUGCCGAUCAUCUCUCUACUACCCCCGGGCAAAUGGAGAAGUAGAGAGGUUUAACCGUGUUCUAAAAUCAAGCAUCCAAAAUGCUCUGAUUGCUGGGAAGAGAUGUAUGAAGGAAACUGUCCUAGAAUUGUUGUUGGCUUACAGGGCAACUCCUCAUCAAACAACAGGGUGUUCACCCUCCGAAUUGUUGCAUGGUAGAAAAAUGAGAACUAAGUUACAGGUUCAAAACAAAAUGCCAAACAAAACUGACAAACAAACUGAAGAGGUAAAAGAAAGAGUUGAAAUGAAACAAAAGAAAUCAAGAGAGUAUACCGAUACGAAGAGAGGUGCAAGGCAACCUCACUUUAAGGUGGGAGACUAUGUUCGGGUCCGCAAACAAAGACACGUUCAUAAGGGGCAAGUGCACUUUGGUUCACCAAUGAAGAUUGUCAAACAAAAGAACGAUGCAACAUAUCAGUUAGAAGAUAGGAGUACAUGGAAUGCAUUUCAUUUGUCUCCUUGCCCAGAAAGUCCAGAAAAACAAGAAGUGAGGCAAGAUGCUGUAGAAGAGGGGAAGGAGGUAGUGCACCAAGAAUUGAGACGUAGUACUCGUAAUAGAAAAGAACCCGAGUACUAUGGAAAUUAUGUGAAGUAUUGA